AUGGCCACCAAUCCGCAUCGAGAUCGAAAAGGUAGCAGAUCUCACGAACACCGGGAUAGGGACCCUAGGGAAAUAACUGAUAGAGUUUACGAAGAAGACAAUGCAGAAGAACGUGAAAGAGAAUUAUUUUGGAAUAAUAAUACUCCUAAUGCACAACAAAAUCCAAAAAAUACUUUUGCUCCCGAUGACAGAGGCUCACGAUUUCUUAUUAGAGAAAGAGAAUAUUAUACCGUUCAUGAUGAUCCUGAAACUCAACGUAGGAGACAACAAGAAGAACCGGGUGAAGUAAUACACAAUGUAGAUAAUAAUAGACGAAGAGCAUCGAGAACAGAACCGGAAAAUGUCGAACCUCAUUUUAAUCCUAAUUUAAGACAAGAUUCGAGUAAAAAUUUUAAUAAAAAUCGCCGAGAGUUUACAACAGAUGAAAGAAAUUCUAAAGGUGAAGUCGAGCAUCAUUAUAGUCAUUAUCAAAAUAGAAGUCGAGAAGGUCCCUUGAACAGGCGGGAACCUCAUCACGAACAGGAAAUACCUCCUGAUUUUAACGAAAAAGGUUAUUUUGAUCCUUUCAAAGAAAACCAUAAGAGACAAGGUUCUUUACACGGGCGUUCACCAAUGGCAACAACACCUUUACCAGACAUUAAUCAUGACGCACCACUUCCACCUAUUCCCAAAUAUUCCCGUAAGUACGGGUCACCAGAAAGAAUUCCUGAAAAGACGUAUUCAAAGAAUGACCUACAUGAAAUUCAACCGAAAGAAAAUUCAAGAAUGAUAAAAGAGGAACAUAAUAUGGCCGACAACAACCAUGAAAAUAAACAAGAUAUUUAUAAAGAAGGAGAAUUGAUGAGAGGCGAUAAAAAACCGGAAAGUCAUUUGAAUUUAGUGUCAGCAGAAACUUUUCGUCAUUUAUCGAAGCAAGAAGAAAAUGCUGGAGGAGGAGGUCCUGCUGAAUUUUCAAGGCAUAAAACUACAGGAGAACAUACCGGAAGUAAAAAAGCUUUUAAUCGUAUUUCCCACGUCGGAAGUAAAAGUCGUGUUUACGAACGUGAAAAAGAUGAAACUUUAAGACGAAGGUCAAUAAAUGCAGGAACAGGAGGAGGAACAGGAAUGGGAACUGGAAGCAAAAUGAACAAAGGUCCUCGUACUUAUUACAUUUUAAAAGAAGAAGAUGACGACAUCGAAAGAAAAGCUAGUGUUCUAUUACCUGUUUUAGAAGAUAUUGAAAAAGUAUUUCAUGACUUAGUAGCAUCAGGGGACGUUGCCGCCACUAAAAAUUUUUUAAAUAACCAUCAAGAUUUUAACAUUAACUGUGUCAAUUAUCAGAAAAUAUCAGCUUUACAUGUGGCAGUUAAACAACAAAAUGAAGAAAUGGUAGAAUUCCUUCUAGAACAAAAAGGCAUAGAUAUAUCUGAUUGCGCAUUGUAUGCAAUCAAAGAAGGAAGUAUUAAAAUUGUGGAACUCAUUUUUGAAAAAAUUCGUGAGAUAUCACCGGGUCUGGAAUUUGCUGGAACAACGCACAGUGUUGAUUUUUCUGAUGAUUUGACACCAAUAAUUCUUGCAGCACAAUUAGGAAAUUAUGAAAUGAUUGAUUUUUUAAUAAAAAGAGGUCACGGAAUCCCUCCGGUUCAUCCUCCAUUUUGUAAAUGUGAUGCGUGCAAAGCUGAUUUAAAGAAAUAUGAUCGUUUAAAAUAUUCAACGAUGAAACUUAAUUUAUACAAAGCUAUAUGUAAUCCAAUGUACAUAUUUCACACGCGAGAUGAUCCUUUUCAAAGAGCUUUCGAGUUGACAAAAGAAUUACAGGAUGCAGCAACAGUUUUUCCACAAUUUAAAACUUCUUUCGAAGAACUUUGGUGCAGUUUGAGAACGUUUACCGUCGAACUCAUCGGAUGCUGUCGAAAUGCACAAGAAGUAGAAAUAAUAUUAAAAAAAUCACCUAAAAGCGUUGCCGAACACGUGAAAUUUCCCAGGUUGCAAGAUGCAAUCGAUUUAAAACAAAAGGAAUUUGUUUCUCAUCCUUAUACUCAAGCAGUUCUUAGCGAUGCUUGGACCGGAGAAUUAUUUGAAUGGAAAAUUCGAUCUCCUUUGAUGCAAUCAUUAGCCGUCUUCCCCCGUAUUCCCAUGCUUCCAUUCAUGACAAUUUUAUGUAUGUUUCUACCGAAUCAUAGUUUAGUGAGAAAAUGGAAAACUCCAGUUAAUAAAAUGAUUUCAAACGUUGCAAGCUAUUUAAUUUUUUUAAUAAUUUUAUUUUUGGAAAGUAAUUUAGACAAAACGAAACAGAAAAGAGGUCCUCCAAAUUCUGGGUUAGAAAUAGUAAUAAUAAUAUACGUCAUAGGAUAUAUUUGGUUAAAUAUAAGAACAUGCUUUAAACAAGGUUUAAAACGAUUUUUCAGUACAAUGUGGCAUUGGUACGAUACAAUUAUGUUACUUUUAUUUGCAUUGACCAUAAUUUUUUGGAUAGCAUCUUUAGUUGAUAUAACAGCCAACAAUGAUGUUGAUCUUCCCAGAAAAUAUUGGAAUUCUCUCGAUCCAGAACUUGUUGCCGAAGGACUUUUUGCCGCCGCAGUGAUUAUGGCUUUUUUUAGAUUAAAUUUAUUUCUUUCACUUAAUUAUCAUUUGGGUCCAUUACAAGUUUCAAUAGGAAAAAUGACAUUAGAUAUAUUUCGUUUUAUUAUUAUUUUCUUUAUAAUUAUACUUGCUUGGUGUGCCGGUUUAUGUCGUUUUUAUCAACCUUAUGACGGUAUGGUACAAAAAGAUGCUGUUUCUGGCUCAACCACGACACAGGUGUCUUCAUUUGUAAGUUUUCUCAUGACUCUGAAAACGUUUUUUUGGGCAAUUUUUGGAAUGUCUCCGAUAGAAUCGGCGGAUGUUAUUAUAGAAAACCUUCCGGGUGAUACUCCAGAUACAACAAUUAUAAAUAAACAUCAAUUCACCGAAGCUGUCGGUUACAUAGCUUUUGCACUAUUUCAGUUUUUGUCUGUCGUUGUUGUUUUAAAUAUGUUGGUCGCUUGCAUGGCUAACACUUUUACCAAAGUUAUAGAUAAUGUAACUGUUGAAUGGGUGUUUGGCAGGUCACAGAUAUAUUUGAUUUUUAUGGCUUACAGUGUUCUUCCUCCUCCUUUUAAUUUACUUCCUACUGCGUCAGGUAUAAAAGAUAUGUGCAAAUGGUUUAGAUUAUUAGCCAGACCUACAGAAGGUCAAAGAGCCAAAUGUAAUUUAGCACACUGUUGUUAUAUUGAAAGUGAAACGGAAGCCUACGUUAACAAUGAAUUUCCAUCUUUGAUAUCAGAAUUGGCACAAAGGUACAUUAGAUUAAAAGUUCAAGAAGGAGAAGAACAACAAACUAAUCAAGAAAUUGAAGAACUUAGAAAUGAAUUACACGAAAUUAAAGAAAUAAUUAAAAAAUUGUACCCCAUAAAAAGAUCAAAUAUUUAUUAA